AUGUAUGCAAAGGCAUCAACAAUCAAUGGAAACAUCGAAGCUCUCUUGUCACUGCUGGAACAAAGCAGCAUCAUGAACACAGUGACAUAUGAGAAGUACAUUAUAUUUGUUCAUGGUGAUCUUGGAACAUUGGAAAAAAUUGAGACUAUCUUGCAGUUGCGGUGCAUCGAGGACCACAUUUUGGAGUGGAUGCACUAUCUGCUGCCAAUCCCUGGGCUUUUUCAUGUUAGAAUGGCAUGC